AUGGGGAAGAAAUGGCGCUAUGGAAUCAUGCUGGACGCUGGGUCCUCGGGCACACGUCUACACAUCUAUCGCUGGCAAGAUCCUGCCAAAGUACUGAAGCAUGCGUCAUUGGAGGAACUGAGUAGUCUACCAAAAAUCGAGAACAGCUAUACCAAGAAGACACGACCAGGAAUAUCCACCUUUGGCGACCACCCCGAAGACGUUGGCCCGGAACACCUCGAGGAACUGAUCGAGAAGGCCAUGAAGAAGAUCCCCGACGCAAAACAUGCCGACACUCCAAUAUACCUGAUGGCUACUGCCGGCAUGCGCCUGCUAAGUCCUACCCAGCAGCGCGCCUUGCUGACUGAAGUCUGCUCUUACUUCCGACAACACACGCGAUUCUCUCUUCCAGAUUGCGAUGCCCAUAUCCAAGUCAUUCCGGGCGAGACGGAAGGCUUGUAUGGGUGGAUAGCGGCCAACUAUCUAUUGGGAGGUUUCGACAACCCCGAGGGACACGCGCAUGGAAAGAACCAUCACACGUAUGGUUUCCUCGACAUGGGCGGUGCUUCGGCGCAAAUUGCUUUCGCCCCGAACACCACCGUGGCAGAAGAACAUGGGAACGAUCUAAAGUUGCUUCGGUUGCGGACCAUGAACGGCCAAUCUCUCGAGUACAAAGUAUUUUCCUCUACAUGGCUCGGGUUUGGAGUCAACCAGGCUCGUGCGCGCUACGUGGAGCACUUGAUCGACGGGGUCCUGAUCGAUGGUGAACAUGAAGUGCCCGAUCCUUGCUUGCCGAGGGGUUUGCGCACGACAGAGAAGGGCGAAAUGAUUGAGGGCGUCUCAAAGGACCUGCAAUUAGUGGGGACCGGCGAGUUUGACGAAUGUUUACGCACAACGAAACCACUCCUCGGCAAGGACAUGCCCUGUGACGACGAGCCGUGUCUGCUUAAUGGCCAACACGUCCCGCCGAUCGACUUCGAUGUGAACCACUUUGUCGGUGUUUCCGAGUACUGGCACACGACCCACGGGGUAUUCGCCACCAAAGAUGAUGACAAGGCCUACGACUUCAAUACAUAUCAGAAAAAGGUACUGGAGUUCUGCAGCCAACCAUGGGAUGCCAUGGAAUCGACGAUUGAGACGCGGAAAAACAAGAAGAAUCCCUUUAGGGAAGCUCAAGAAGCAUGCUUCAAGGCAUCUUGGCUGAUUAAUGUCUUGCACGAUGGUAUCGGGGUACCGAGAGUUGGCAUAGAGGAUACACCGACGCCCGGGAUCAACGUCACAAAGGCUAUUGGCGACGCCGCCAAGGAGAAGGGGUUCUUGAGUCCCUUUCAAGCGGCGGACGAGAUUGGCGACAUCGAGAUCAGUUGGACGUUAGGAAAGAUGGUUAUCUAUGCCGCUGGCCAAGUACCGCCAGAAGACGACUUCGUUCUGCCUGUCGGGUAUGGAAGCAACGUGAAAGGAGUACCCGGGGAUUUCCAGCACGCAGGAUCGAAUUACAACGCGACCUUGGCGGAAGACUACGAGAACGACUGGGGCGACACUGCUGAGGAUCUAAUAGACAACGCCAAGGCAAAGUCGACGUCCGGAUUCUUUUUCUUUAUAUUCAUCAUAAUCCUCCUCGCUUUCAUAUUUAGAAAGAGGGAUCGACGCAUGCGUCUGUAUACUCGUAUAAACCACAUGCUCCGUCGGCACCACAAACCAGGCAGCCCUCGGAAAGGUGGACGCGGUUUCUCGGCUCUCACGAACAAGCUUUUCGGCCGGACGCACCACUACGAGCGGGUCAUGGAGGAAGGUGAUAUUGGCGAAUUCGAGCUGGGUGAUGUUACAUCAGAUGACGACCACUCCGACAGCAGCGCAGGUUCCCGCGUCGGGCGGACAUCAGGGCUCGCAACACCCAAGAUGCGCGUGGAGUCUUUCGAUGACCUGAAGAAGCCAAAGCAACCGAACAAUGCCAUCGACCGAAGCGGACUGAUGAUUCGCACGGAGAGCCGCGAAAGACUCGUGCCGCAGAUGCUCACCGCUGGUAGAAGAAGCCGAGCCGGCAGUCCCACGAGACUCAAAAGUCCGCUGUUGAGCCCGCUGUCCGAGGACUAG